AUGGGAGGCGAUGGAAUCUUCCAAGUUUUCGGAGAAGACAUCCUUCUCGUCAAAGAGGCCUUCCUUUCCUCCGAUCCUUCCUGCCAACACAAGGCUGUUCCUCUUCGCCGAAUACGGAACAACGCGUCGAAUCUCAAAGAGGACUACAUUGAGUUCGGAGCAGCGAAGAAGGUGCUCGAAUCUCCGAACGAGUACACUUCUCACUUCUUUUUCUGCACAGUCCCCGUCAGUAACUCAUUCGGCCAUAUGGUCAACAUUCCGUACGGAAGGAGUGAGUAUCCUCAUUCAGAAUCUCUCACUUCCUGUUCAUGUUAAGGCUACAAAGUGAUCUACUACCUAAUUCCCUCGCUUGUCGUCGUCCUCUGCAUGUCCGCCACUUUCUCCGGCCUCAAUCUGGCCAUCAUGUCGUUCAGUAUCAAUGACCUCAAGGUUACAUUUUCACAAAUAUCAGUAUCCCAUUUCGAUGAAUUCAGCUGAUUCAAGAAUGCGACACAGAUCUGAAGAACCGCAAGAGAGCGCAAGACAUUCUGCGGCUCCGUCGGAACAGCAAUCUCGUUCUGUGCACGAUUGUCUGCGGCAACUGUUUCUGCAACACUUCCAUCACUAUCCUCAUAAACCAGCUCGGCGACCUGCUCGAAUUCUCCGAUUACUACUUCGUCGAACUGCUGGCCACUGGCCUCCUUCUCAUCUUCACAGAGAUUCUUCCCGCUCUCAUUUGCACAAAGUCGGUUCGAUUUUUAGUGUUUUGCAAUCAUCCGCAAAUCGUAGAAUUUAGAAACGCGUUGAAGUUUGCCAGUAAAAUGCAAUACUUCGUUAUUUUCACCAUCUGUAUCACUCUGCCCAUCAGUUUUCCCCUUUCCAAGAUUCUGGAUCGGGCACUGGGAAGAGAGGACGGUGGGGGAGAACUCAGAAGAAGAAAAGGGGAGAGAAAGGAAUGCAUUUGCAGCGGAUGACACUCCAGUGGAAGUGGAUUCAAUGCAGUUGGACAACAUGCGCGAGGAGGGAUUCGACGAGUUCGAUAACUUCAACGAAGUCAGGUACUAGCGGGGAGCCAUGGUGGAUUGAUUGAAUUGCAGAAGAUGUGUUUCGUACGGAAGACGUUGGAACUGCGGCAGAAGAAAGCUGAAGACGUGAUGACGAAGAUCGACUCGGUGACGACGUUGGACAGCAAGCAGCCGGUGACGCACGCCUUCCUGAAACGCGUGCACAAAGAGGGACACUCCCGACUGCCGGUCGUCGAGAAUGACGUUCGUUCGCAAGUUCAUAAAAACACCGCACAAAAAGAGAAAUUCAGAUUUGCGGAGUGCUCAUGAUAAAGGAUUUGUUGCUGUUGAUGGACGACGAGGGCAGGGGGCUGAGCACGGAUCUGACGGCAGGGACCAUGCUCUGUGUGCUCGAGAAACGAAAAAGGGUAUGGAAUCAGUGGAGAUGUGUGAGAACAAAUGAUUAUUUCAGCACUGUUUUGUGAUGAACACGUUGCCGAUUCAGCAAUUCAUGAUUGAACUGCAGCAGGGAUGUACGAUGGCGAUAGUGGUGAAAUACAUGGGUGAUGAGACGGAAGAGGAGGACGAGGAGGGAGAGUACGAAGUGAUCGGAAUCAUCACUCUCGAGGACUACAUGGAGGAGAUCGUCGGCGAAAUUUUGGACGAAAAGGACAAAGUUAACUUUUAA